AUGUUAGUGAUUGAUGCUAGGGAGCGGAUUGGGAUAGUUGGGUUUAGGGACUUCGAGUGUAUUAAUGACGGGUUGAGAGAGGAGUGGGAAAAAGGCUUGGAAGGAGAGACUUGGAAUAGUGAUAGAUGGAGAAAUGAGAGAAUACGCAUUCGUGGCGGCGCGAGAUACUGGUCUGUUGAUUUUGAUUCCGGAGCUCUGAAAUUCUGA